UAUAUCUUCUUCUCACUCCUACCACUGCAGAGGAGACGGUGCGAGUGCCUCCUCUGCUCCUGGCACCUCGUACAUUCUCAGCCGAACCAUCCAGCUGAGCAACUGGCAGUGAUGGCAGCAGGCCCCCCCAGCACUAAGGAGGAGACAGAAAGGUGCAUCAAUGAAGAACUGGUGCGUGGAAGCCCUGGGAGAGGCCAAGAUCACCUGAUGAUAGCCGAUGUACUGGAUCAUGCAUCCCGGUCCGGGGCUGUCUCCCAGAGGCGUCAGAAGACAGAAACAAAGGCUACUGUCUCCAUUUUACCCAAGUCAGCUUGGAAUGUGAAUCCCCGCAAGGCCAGGAAAAUGGAGCACCAGCAGCAGGUGUCCAGGAUUUCCAGAGAGCCAGGCCACAGUGGCUUUUUCCAGGAGUAUCCUGGCAUCUUCCAAGACCAUCGUGAUCAAAACCUGGGGAUAGAUCUGCUGACAGAGACUGACCCGGAUGAGCUCAAUGGACUGGAGCUGGAAAUCAUAAGAAGACAGCUGCUUUUGGUCACGGAGCGUCUGUGUGUCCUCGAGGAUCAGGAUUCCUCCUGGCGCUUCAAGGAGGCGGUACUGUUCACCGCGGUGUUGACGGCUUGCCUCACCAACCUGUGGCUGUGGAUGCGCCAGUGACGCUGAGGCUCCCCCUGGCCUGAGCCCACCCUCCACCCUCCCUUUCCUCUGCCCUCUGCUCCAGGGCUUCUCUUGGGGACCCCAUUCCCAGCUCCCAGGCAGCAUUGGGCAAUUUUUCAACGCUGCUCAGCCCCUGUGCUUGAGAGGAGGCUGGUGGCGCAGAAGUCUUUUGGAGGGAGAAGACAGCAGCACCUCGCCCCCACAGUGACACCAGCAGCAGGCCUCUGGGGCCCCAGCUUUCCUUCUGCUCCAUCCCCUGCUUUGCUUUUGGCUUCCUUUCCCCAUUUGCUUCCACACUGUGCACAGGGCUCUGAACACGCUCAAUAAAAGCUAAGUGACAGCA